AUGUCAUCAGGAAAUAAAUCCAAUCUUAUCAAAUUCACAGUGGAUGGAUUUUCAAAUUCACCAGAUCUUCAAUGUCCUCUUUUUAUAAUAUUUUUAUUUAUUUAUCUGACUAUAGUAUUUAGUAAUCUUACCAUUGUUGCAUCUAUAGUUUUGUACACACAUUUACACACACCUAUGUACAUCUUCUUGUGUAACUUAUCAGUCAUUGAUAUUUUGUACACCUCAACCAUUAUACCCAAUUUAUUGAACAUGCUCCUAACACGUUAUAAGAUGAUUUCCUUUGCAGGGUGCUUCAUUCAGAUGUAUUUCUUCAUUGUCUUUGUAUGUGCAGAAGUCUUACUACUGGCUGUUAUGGCUUACGAUCGCUAUGUAGCAAUCUGCUACCCUCUUCAUUAUUCUCUACUUUUGAGUCCCAAGACGUGUACAUAUCUGAUAACAGGAGUCUGGAUUGGUAGCUUAUUGGAUCCAGUUCUGCACACAGUUUUCAUUUCUAAGUUGUCCUUCUGUUCAUCUAACCACAUUGACCAUUUUUUCUGUGAUGUUUCUCCAUUGCUUAAACUUUCCUGCAAUGAUACAUAUUACAUUGAGAUGUGGACCUAUAUUUUGUUUAUUGUAGUAGUCAUGAGUUCAUUCACACUUAUAUUAGCAUCAUAUGUUUUUAUUAUCUCUUCUAUUCUAAAUAUUCAGUCAGAAACUGGUCGAAGUAAAGCCUUUUCUACUUGCAUCUCCCACAUGACUUGCGUUUUGAUCUUUUAUGGAACAAUGACCUGUUUGUAUAUGAGGCCCAGAUCUAUGUAUUCUUCAGGACAGGACAAGUUUUUUGCUCUACUAUACGUUAUACUUAUCCCAAUGUUGAAUCCUCCCAUUUACACUUUGAAGAAUAAGGACUUUAGUAAGGUUUUUAAACAAUUCAAGCUUUAUUAG